AUGAGGUGGGAGAGGGUCCGACAACAAAAUCAACAAGUGGGUCUCGGUGAUUCUUCUUCUUCCGGGCCCGGAAAGAGAUGGGGACACACUUGUAACGCCAUUAAAGGAGGCAGAUUUCUCUACGUAUUCGGUGGUUUUGGUAGAGACGAUUGCUUAACCAAUCGAGUUCAUGUCUUCGACGCUGAGACGCAGAUAUGGACUCAGCCAGUAAUCAGUGGUGUACCGCCUCGCCCGAGGGACAGUCACACGUGCACAACAGUUGGGGAUAAUCUUUUUGUGUUUGGUGGUACUGAUGGGACCAGUUAUCUUAAGGAUCUGCACGUUCUAGAUACUUCUUCACAUACUUGGAUAUGCCCGGAUGUUAGAGGUGAAGGACCCGAGGCAAGAGAGGCUCACAGUGCAACGCUUGUUGACAAACGUAUUUUUAUAUUUGGCGGCUGUGGGAAAUCUUCUGGUUCAGAUGAUGAAGUAUUCUACAAUGACCUUUAUAUACUUAACACAGAGACUUUUGUGUGGAAACGAGCUGUAACAACUGGGAAUCCACCCUCUGCACGAGAUAGCCACACUUGCUCAACAUGGAAGAACAAAAUCGUUGUUGUAGGUGGUGAAGAUUUGGAUGACUAUUAUCUCUCCGAUGUUCAUAUCCUUGAUACAGAUACAUUUGUAUGGAAGGAGAUGAAUACUUCAGGGCAGUUAUUGACACCUCGAGCUGGUCAUGUUACUGUUUUACUUGAGAGGAACUUAUUUGUAUUUGGAGGGUUUACUGAUUCUCAGAAUCUUUAUGAUGAUCUCUAUGUCCUUGAUUUGGAAACGGGUGUAUGGUCCAAGGUUGUUGCCAUGGAAGAAGGGCCAUCUGCUAGAUUCUCUGCUUCGGCGGUUUCUUUAGAUCCUUAUAAGGCUGGUUUGUUCUUCUUUUUGGGUGGCUGCAAUAAGAAUCUUGAGCCGUUGGAUGACAUUUACUACUUACACACGGAAGGUGGAUACGAUGCACGGUUUGAUCAAAAUCUUGGGAGUUUGUCUAUAAGGAAACAAAUGAAGUUAAAAUGCCACGGGCAGAAAUUAGCUGUGGCCAGACCCAAUAUUGAUCAAGGAAGAGAGAAUCUCCCUUUGAACAUUGGCUCGAUUGAUCAAGGAAAAACAGUUUUUCAAGCAAGGGUUACCGAAAACGUUCCUCUAGGUUACACUAUAGAAACGGUCAUUGAUGGAAAGGUGUUGCGCGGUGUUCUGUUUUCGAACAGACACAUCUCUGUUCAAACGGCAGAUUCAAGCUUAAGUAGUGGGCAAAAACCAAGAACAUUGAACACGGAUGCAGCAGGUAGUAGCCAACAAGCUGAUCCUAUGGAUCCGUCUAAUGAUGCUAAUAAGAAGGUUGCAGAUUCAAACGAUGUGGACACACCCAUGAUUGACGCUGCUGAUGCUAAUAGAAAUAUGACGGGACCACAGGAGGCAGAAACCGCUGCUGUUAACUCUGACGUCAAAGAUCAAGAUUCUUCUCAGCUCAAUACGGGCAUUGUGAACAACACAGAACCAUCGGCGGUUACUCUUAAUCAGGCGAAUGUGGAGACAUUUAGAAACGAGAUAGCAACAGACGUUGGAGCUACUACUGCUAAAGCUGAUUCACAGCCACAAAACCAAGGGGAGGGUACCGUUGCUGCACAAGAUGCAAACGCAGAGCAACAAUCGCGUUAA